UUGUUAUACCAUUAGCUUGGCCCUGAGAGUUUAAACAAGCUAUAAUGGCUUUAUCUAUUGAAUGAGAUAAGGAAGCUAUUUGGUCACAAACACAUGCAGUGAUGGUUUGAAACAUGAUAAAAUCCCCUUCAGUGCCAAGAUCAUUCACCAGGCACGUCCAAGCAAGACAAACUAAUUCCUGUCUGACUUAAUCUCGAUUUUACUUAAGCCCCAGAACACUGAACAUUCAGUUUCAUCAGCGAACACUUUCAACGAUGGAGACCGUAAAACCUCGAGGUAACACUUUCUUGACUGUUGCCGUGAUUGUGAAUAUUUUAUUUAGUCUUGUUUCCAUCGGAUGCCUCAUUUAUAAAAUAAGAGUAUUAGAAGAGCAAGUUUCUCAGUGUAAGAGUGGCUCGUUAAGAGAAUAUCAACCUGAAUCCGGGGAAUACCGAGAUGAAACUUACCGACGAAAAAGGUCUGUUGGAUCCCUCGGAAGAUCGAAAAGCUGCAGCAGUUGCCACAGUGCUUGUGUCCAAUUAUUUGGACUGGGAGCCUCUGCAAAGGUUACUACCAAGAUUAACAAUGGCACAGAUCAAGACGUCAUCUGUAUGAGAGGUGCUCGUGGGCUCCAGGGCCUAGAAGGCCGUCGGGGGAGACGUGGUCGCCCAGGGUACAUAGGAAAAUCAGGGAAGAGGGGUCCCCCUGGGGAGAGGGGCCCGCAAGGGCCGCGCGGCAGGCCGGGAAAAGCUUUUGCUGGAAACACGUCAAAACUGAUCGAAGACAUAGAUAUUCCAAAGAUCAGAAAGGGGCCUCCAUCCAGCUUUACGACAAAAGAAGGAAGCAAUGUCUCCUUUCCCUGCUCCUCCAGGGGCUACCCUAAGCCAGAGAUCACGUGGUACAAAAAUGAUCAAAAGCUUGACAAUAGCUUCUAUAACGCAGCGACAGGAGUGUUGACAUUUCCUAGUAUACAGUUCGGUGAUCGAGGCUUGUACAGAUGCGAGGCCAGGAACUUUUUGGGAUUUGACUCUACCACUGUCAAAGUUGUAGUUGAAGUUCCUCCGAGAUUUGUUCAAGCACCUGAGAUCUACCACACGGGGUACGAAACCUGGGAGACGACUUUGACGUGCAAAAUCUUCGCUUAUCCCCCGCCAAAGAUAGAAUGGACUCGGUCAUUCCGACCGUUACCUGUUGACCGUCACGUGGUGACUGGAAAAGAUUUGGUGAUCAAGUAAACUCGGCAAGAGGACAAAGGAC